AUGGAGGACACACACAUGGAGGAUCUGGAUCAGGCCGACGCCAUGACAACGGGAGCGACGCGCUACCAUGGAGAUUCACUGCUGUUGCCCCCGGAGACCGACUUCAUGACAGAUGACCACAGCUCGGCGGCGUCUGGUAUGGACGUGUCGGAGCGCCUGACGUUCCUGGAGCAGCGUGUGCAGCAGCAGGAGGACGAGAUCCAGCUGCUCAAGUUGGCCCUGGCAGACGUCCUCAAGAGACUCAACCUGUCAGAGGAGACGCAGGCCGACCUCAUGAGGAAGACAACACCCUCCAAAGCCACCCGGCCCGCCUCCCUGUCCCUGUCUGGCCGGCCCUCCACGGCACCAGCGAAGAAGAGCAGCAGUGGAAGCACCAACACACUGGCCUCCAGUGGCGGAAACCGGAACAGGGGUUCUGUGAGCAGUGUAAAGGACUCCCCCAGUACGCCCAGUAAGCCUCGCACUGGCUCUGCUAGCAGCACCACAACCCCCUGCAAGAAACUACAGGACAGGAAACCAGCAGCGACCGGGACAGGAAACCGUCGCGUCAUUCACUGCAAAGUGACUAUGCAGAUCUAUCUGAGCCGUCUGUCAAAAAGGACUGGAUCUACUGAGGACAUUGUCACGGCAGCACCAGUCCCCUCCAGUCACACAGAGGAUCCGCCGCCGAAGAGCCCACCCCCGAAGCUCACGGUCGUGUGUGAUAGGAUCAAGCCACCGCCACUCAAGCCCUCCCCUCAGAAAAGCCCGGCCUUCCCCCUGCCUCUCUACAGGGCCUCCUUAGGCUCCUCCCCUUGCUCGCCCAUGGAAACGCCCCCUUACAAGAGCCCGAUCAAAUCGCCCGGACAAUACUUCCAAAUCUGUUACUGA